GAAGCCCACCAGAAGUGCCCACCGUGGUGGUACAAGUGUGCGCACAAAGUGCUCAUUUGGAACUGCUGUGCCCCCUGGGUGAAGUUCAAGCAUAUCAUCCACCUGAUCGUCAUGGACCCCUUCGUGGACCUGGGCAUCACCAUCUGCAUCGUGCUCAACACCCUCUUCAUGGCCAUGGAGCACUACCCCAUGACCGAGCACUUUGACAAUGUGCUCUCCGUGGGCAACUUGGUCUUCACGGGCAUUUUCACUGCAGAGAUGGUGCUGAAGCUGAUCGCCUUGGACCCCUAUGAGUAUUUCCAACAGGGCUGGAACAUCUUCGACAGCUUCAUUGUCACUCUCAGCCUGGUGGAGCUGGGCCUGGCCAACGUGCAGGGGCUGUCAGUGCUGCGUUCCUUCCGUCUGCUGCGUGUCUUCAAGCUGGCCAAGUCAUGGCCAACACUCAACAUGCUCAUCAAAAUCAUUGGCAACUCAGUGGGUGCGCUGGGCAACCUGACACUGGUGCUGGCCAUCAUCGUCUUCAUCUUCGCCGUGGUGGGCAUGCAGCUGUUUGGCAAGAGCUAUAAGGAGUGUGUGUGCAAGAUAGCCUCAGACUGCAGCCUCCCCCGCUGGCACAUGAACGACUUCUUCCACUCCUUCCUCAUCGUCUUCCGCAUCCUCUGCGGGGAGUGGAUCGAGACCAUGUGGGACUGCAUGGAGGUGGCCGGCCAGGCCAUGUGCCUCACCGUCUUCCUCAUGGUCAUGGUCAUUGGCAACCUGGUGGUUCUGAAUCUGUUCCUGGCUCUCCUGCUGAGCUCCUUCAGCGCCGACAGCCUGGCAGCAUCAGAUGAGGACGGCGAGAUGAACAACCUACAGAUCGCCAUCGGACGCAUUAAGUGGGGCAUCGGCUUUGCCAAAGCCUUCCUCCUGGGGCUGCUGCACGGCAAGAUCCUGAGCCCCAAGGACAUAAUGCUCACCCUCGGUGAGCCCGGGGGUGCUGGGGAGACGGGGGAGAGCGCUCCUGAGGAUGAGAAGAAGGAACCGCCCCCAGAAGAUGGGAACAAGGAACUGAAGGAUAAUCAUAUCCUGAACCACGUGGGCCUGAGCGAUGGCCCCCGCUCCAGCAUCGAGCUGGACCACCUCAACUUUAUCAACAACCCCUACCUCACCAUCCAGGUGCCCAUUGCCUCCGAGGAGUCCGACCUGGAGAUGCCCACAGAGGAGGAGACCGACACAUUCUCGGAGCCUGAAGACAUUAAGAAGCCACUACAGCCGCUCUAUGAUGGGAACUCCUCCGUCUGCAGCACGGUUGACUACAAGCCCCCUGAAGAGAAUCCUGAGGAGCAGGCUGAGGAGAACCCUGAGGGGGAGCUGCCUGAGGAAUGCUUCACUGAAGCCUGCGUGCAACGCUGCCCCUGCCUCUAUGUGGACAUCUCCCAGGGCCGUGGGAAAAUGUGGUGGACACUGCGCCGGGCCUGCUUCAAGAUUGUUGAGCACAACUGGUUUGAGACCUUCAUUGUCUUCAUGAUCUUGCUCAGCAGUGGAGCCCUGGCCUUUGAAGACAUAUACAUUGAGCAGCGGCGAGUCAUCCGGACGAUCCUGGAAUACGCUGACAAGGUCUUCACCUACAUCUUCAUCCUGGAGAUGCUGCUCAAGUGGGUGGCCUAUGGCUUCAAGGUGUAUUUCACCAAUGCCUGGUGUUGGCUCGAUUUCCUCAUCGUGGAUGUCUCCAUCAUCAGCCUGGUGGCCAACUGGCUGGGCUACUCUGAGCUGGGGCCCAUCAAAUCCCUGCGCACACUGCGGGCCUUGCGUCCCCUGAGGGCACUCUCUCGAUUUGAGGGCAUGAGGGUGGUGGUGAACGCCCUCCUGGGAGCCAUCCCCUCCAUCAUGAAUGUGCUCCUCGUGUGCCUCAUCUUCUGGCUUAUCUUCAGCAUCAUGGGGGUCAACUUGUUUGCUGGGAAGUUCUACUACUGCGUCAACACAACCACCUCCGAGAGGUUCGAUGUCUCUGUGGUCAACAAUAAGUCCGAGUGUGAAAGCCUCAUGCACACGGGCCAGGUCCGAUGGAUGAACGUGAAAGUUAACUAUGACAACGUGGGUCUGGGCUAUCUGUCGCUCCUUCAGGUGGCCACGUUCAAGGGUUGGAUGGAUAUCAUGUACGCAGCUGUGGACUCCCGGGAGAAGGAGGAGCAGCCAGACUAUGAGGUGAACAUCUACAUGUACCUUUACUUUGUCAUCUUCAUCAUCUUUGGCUCCUUCUUCACGCUCAACCUCUUCAUCGGGGUCAUCAUUGACAACUUCAACCAACAGAAGAAGAAGUUUGGAGGGAAAGACAUCUUCAUGACGGAGGAGCAGAAGAAAUACUACAAUGCCAUGAAGAAGCUGGGCUCCAAGAAGCCCCAGAAGCCCAUUCCCCGCCCUCAGAACAAGAUCCAGGGCAUGGUGUAUGACUUCGUGACAAAGCAGGUGUUCGACAUCUCUAUCAUGAUCCUCAUCUGCCUGAACAUGGUUACCAUGAUGGUGGAGACGGACGACCAGAGCCAGCUCAAGGUGGACAUCCUGUACAACAUCAACAUGGUCUUCAUCAUCAUCUUCACCGGGGAGUGUGUGCUCAAGAUGUUUGCCCUGCGCCAUUACUACUUCACCAUUGGCUGGAACAUCUUCGACUUCGUGGUUGUCAUCUUGUCCAUUGUGGGUGAGCUGGCAGGACCACACCAAGAUGAGUCAUCCGGGGAAGCCUUCCCGCCCACGCUGUUCCGUGUGAUCCGCUUGGCACGGAUCGGGCGUGUCUUGCGUCUGAUCCGUGGGGCCAAGGGCAUCCGGACGCUGUUGUUCGCCCUCAUGAUGUCACUACCUGCCCUCUUCAACAUCGGCCUCCUGCUCUUCCUGGUGAUGUUCAUCUACUCCAUCUUUGGCAUGUCCAACUUCGCCUACGUCAAGAAAGAAUCAGGCAUCGAUGACAUGUUUAACUUUGAGACCUUUGGCAACAGUAUCAUCUGUCUCUUCGAGAUCACCACGUCAGCUGGCUGGGAUGGGCUUCUGAACCCCAUCCUCAACAGUGGACCCCCAGACUGUGACCCGACGCUGGAGAACCCAGGCACCAACAUCAAGGGUGACUGCGGCAACCCGUCCAUCGGCAUCUGUUUCUUCUGCAGCUACAUCAUCAUCUCCUUCCUCAUCGUGGUCAACAUGUACAUUGCCAUCAUCCUAGAGAAUUUCAACGUGGCCACUGAGGAGAGCAGCGAGCCCCUCAGUGAGGACGACUUCGAGAUGUUCUACGAGACCUGGGAAAAGUUCGACCCUGACGCCACUCAGUUCAUCGACUACAGCCGCCUCUCCGACUUUGUGGACACCCUACAGGAGCCGCUGAGAAUCGCCAAGCCCAACAAGAUCAAGCUGAUCACCUUAGACCUGCCCAUGGUGCCGGGGGACAAGAUCCACUGCCUGGACAUCCUCUUUGCCCUGACCAAAGAGGUCCUGGGUGACUCUGGGGAGAUGGACGCCCUUAAGCAGACCAUGGAGGAAAAGUUCAUGGCCGCCAACCCCUCCAAGGUCUCCUAUGAGCCCAUCACCACCACCCUCAAGAGGAAGCAGGAGGAGGUGUGUGCCAUCAAAAUCCAGAGGGCCUACCGCCGCCACUUGCUGCAGCGCUCUGUGAAGCAGGCCUCCUACAUGUACCGCCACAGCCAGGAUGGCAAUGGAAACGGGGCCCCCGAGAAGGAGGGAUUGCUUGCCAAUACCAUGAACAAGAUGUACGGCCCUGAGAAUGAGAACAGUGGUGUGCAGAGCCAGGGAGAGGAGGGGAAGGGUUCUACAGGGGAUGCUGGACCCACCAUGGAGCUCACACCCACCAGCUCCUUGGACGCCACCCAGACAACUCCUCCUCCUCCAUCAGCACCACCACCAUCAGCAUCACCACCAUCAGCACCACUACCGCCAUCAGCACCACAGGGGCAGACUGUGCGUCCAGGGGUCAAAGAGUCUCUCGUCUAGAGAGCAACAUCAAGGUGGCUGAGCACUGGUACAGACUUGAAGCUCCCACGAGAGAGCUGUGUACAGAGCUAGGAAUGGGGCUUUGAGGUGGGGGCUGCUCAGGGCUUGCUGCCUGGGCUGAGGGAAAUGGGAACUGUGCUCAGGGUUCAGGUGGGGCUGAAGCCCCUGCCUUCUGAUUUCAUCUUUGCAUUGCUCUGACAGACAUUCUCUGGGUCAGAACACCAGAAUGCUGUUCCCUACGUGGGGAAACGCCAGCAUAUCAUGGAGGGGCUGGCUGCCUUGCUGGCACUACUCUUAAGGGCCCAAGUGCCCCAGCUCUAGCCAGGACAAAGACAAGUCUUAACCUCAGAAACCUAUAGCUGACUCCAGGGCUUAGCCAGUGCUCUCAUCCCAUGACUCAGACAGAGCUUCCCCCCUGGCCAACUCAGGAAUGUCCUGUAAAAGGGAAAUAGCCCGGGUACACACAUUGCUGCACAGAACCAAUUGGCCGCUGGAUCUGGAUGUAUCAGGCUGGAAACUUGACUUCUGAAACCUAUCACCCAGUCAUAUCCAGGCCAGUGGAUAGCUCCCCUGGCUGGCCCCUGGGGGAAGAACCAAGGAAGGAUUCCCCUCGGGAAUUCCCUUUCUCUAGGAUGCAUGGAUGGGUCGUACAGGCUGGGUCCUGCCAGCUGCAUUCGUGCGCUUGGGCCUGAGCCCCCAGGUCUGGCUGUGGUCAGGUUUGGUACUUUCUAAGACGAACCUGCCGGUUCCCUCUUUCCUCUCUUUGUGCCUUCCUUUGACCCCCAGGGUUCCUUGGCACCCCGUCAUGCCUGAGAGAGCUCCUUCUUCUCAUCUCAUUUCUGCCCAUCUCUUCCCUGUUCCUUGUCCUUCCCUGCUUCCUCAAAGUGACCCUGAGAAUGUUAGAACUGAGCUCACAGGAGAGGUGCAGAUGUUGGGGCUAGGGCAUGCAGUCAAGAAGGCCCACCAGGUUUGGCUUCAACCUCCCUGCCUCCUGCUACCUGGAAAGGAAAGCUAUUUUCUUCCUUCCUUUCUUUCUUUCUUUCUUUCUUUCUUUCU